AUUAACCCAGAUAGCAACGCUACUCUCAACUCUAUCUCUGUUUCUCUCUUAUCUCUUUUUAUGAGCUUGCCUUCUUAUACCCACCCCUCUCAAAUGCCCCUACUCUCUAUCUAGCUCUAUCUACCUUGUACUUGGUUCUUCAAAUUCUUGUUUGUUUUUUCUCUUCUUUUUCACUUUUCAUAACCUCUCUAAUUAGUCUAGCCUGUAGUCUGUCUAUAAAGUUUCAUGUUUUUCAAGUUCAUUGAGAUAUGAUUAGUAAUACAGAAAAACCAUGGUUGAGGUCUAUGUUAAAUUUGUCUUAUGAUAGAGGUUGAUACAAACCUAAAACUCCACCUUUUCUUUCUUCCUUUGGAAACCCAGUUUUCUCUUUCUUUGAUCUGAUUGUCUGACAGUCUGCACGUAAAGAUGGAGAGUGCGAAGGUUCAGACGAAAAAGAAUUUGUUCGUCAAGACAUGGGAACGAUGUCGAUCAAUACCAGGAGGCCGCGAGAAAAAAUCUCCAUCAAAGCCGUCAAGUAUUUUCUCGAAAAGCAAGUCAUGUCACUACACCACAACAAAAUCAUCAUCAAAAGACGACAAUCAGCGAAACACGAAGAGCCGCCAAGUGGCUCCAGAAGGCUGCUUCUCGGUCUACGUGGGGCCGGAGAAGCAGAGGUUCGUGAUCAAGACAAAGUUUGCAAAUCACCCACUAUUCAGAAUGUUGCUUGAAGAUGCAGAAAUGGAAUAUGGGUACAACAGUGAAGGUCCUCUAUUGCUGCCAUGUGAGGUUGAUCUUUUUUACAAGGUUUUGGCAGAGAUGGAUAGCAAAGAGAUUGUGCCCAGUUGUGGGUUUGCGUAUGGAUCAUGUAGCCCUUUCAAUCCGUCUCGGCGUCUGGGUAAUAACAAUAACAUGCGUAAGGUUUAUGGUUCUUAUGGGCUUCUCACCCCAUCCAGAUUGCUCAAGAUGAAUCAUUUUUAACUGUUAAUUUUAUAGCAUCAAAGUCAGUUUGUAAUAUGGUUUUGGGUAUAUAUAUAUAUAUAUAUAGUUUGUGUGCUGUUGAAAUAGUAAAGAAAUUGUUUAUUGGAUCUAACAUUAUGGGUUCAAGCCCCCAUUAACUUAAUUAUGCAAUGAGUAAUAUUAAUUUUUAUCAAUUUUUUUAUCUAAUAUCUUAUAUGGGUGUGGGAAUUACAUUAUGUGGGUCUCGUGUGGGUUCCACACCCAUAUAAGACAUUUGAUAAAAAAUUUAAUAAAACUUUUGAGAUUUCUAACAUUA